AAACAUUCCUCACGAGACAAACUUGGUUCCAAACUUGUGUCGGUGUGACAGCUGCGCCCUCGUGCUGCGCCACCGCGCGGUGUCCUUUUCCAGUCUCUUCUUCUCUAAACGGGAAGUUCUUUUUCCUCGCUCGAGUCAUAUGAUGUGACCGUGGAGAAGCAGGAACAGUCAGAGAGGAACCAGCGGCGUCUCCCACAGAAACACCGGAACGUGGACGAAAAAUGGGGAACACGCGAAGGAAAGUUAUGAGAGGAAGCUGAUGUCAACGCUGGGACCGAAACUCCUCGUCACUGACAGCUUCCCCCUUAUAACAAGUUGUAGCUCUACUGUAGCUACUGUAAUAAUACGCAAACAAGGUAACGCAUAAUAAUAUGGUGCUAUGAUACAUGUGGCUGUCGGGGAAGUUUGCUGUAACAGCCAGCUUGGGCUCACGGAACACGUUCUCGGUUCUCACUGCGAGAGAGUGCACUGAUUGACCUAAAUGCACGUCAAGCCUUCAGCAGGAAAACAACUCUUCAAAGACCAUGGUUAACAAAGAAGAGCUGGAAGGAAGGCUGAAGAAGCUGCUGGUGCGGCUGAAAAACCCGCAGGAGGACAGGCAGCUGUCCACGCUGAUCCAAAUCCUGCAGGAUCUGCGGUCCUUGACGGCAACGGAACAUGCAGCUGAGCUUUUUGAAGACAAAGAUGUCCACGUUCCCCUCACAGUGGUGCUUUCUUCUUAUACAAACAGCAAAAAAGUCCAGGAGGUGGGCUUGUCACUGCUGUGCAGGCUCAUUGAAAUACGGCCGAAAACGCUGGAGGAGCUCUGCAGACCUCUGCAGGCCAGCAGAGACUGGGAGGUACUGGCAGUGCACCAGCAGAUCCUGAAGGUCUUAACGGAGUUUCUUGCAGACCAUCAAGUAACCAUUGUUGGACUCAGAGCCCUGGCACUUCUGCUCACAUCAG